CGAUAAGUGUUCAGUUUUGAAUAAAAAUUCAUAUAAAACGGAGGAGCGUUGUUGUGGCUUGGGCAAUAUUUGUUCGAAUGUGUCUGAAUACACACACAAACUUCUGUUAUCUUCUCUUCUGAUGCAGCAUUUCUCAAGUUUCUUCCAGCAGAGUUAGGGAAAGAGAGCACCGAAAAUGCUGCAACCGAAGGACACCAAUCCCUUCGAUACGGUGGACGAGCAUGCCCAAGGAUUGGCUUUUGCCGAAAAAAAGAGGGCUAUUGAACAGCGAACUCUGGACUCCACCAACAAGAGCUUGGGUCUGCUCUACGAAGCCCAGGAAAUAGGCAACUCCACUGCUGUGGAGCUGGGAAAGCAGCGGGAGCAGCUGGACAAGGCCACGGCCCAGUUGGACGAGAUGAACUCAACGCUGCGCAUUAACAAAAGUCAGAUAAAUAACCUAAAGAGCGUAUUUGGAUGCGUGAAGAACUUCCUCUCCGGUGACAAAAAUAAGGCAUUGACUGCUGCCAAUAAGUCCUCAAGAGGUGUCAAUAGCAGCACUGACAAUGAAAGAUCUAGCACCUCGGCUCCUCUUCCAUCAACGGAGGGAUACAACAAUCACCAAGUCAGCCAGCUGCGUGAAGAUCCCAAUAGCACAUAUCAUCCCCAGCGGCAGGAGGCAAAUGCCUUCCAGGUCCAGAUCGACGCCAAUCUGGAGGAGAUAGGUAGCAACCUGUCGGUGCUCAAGAUGCUAGCCAAAGAACUGGGUGGUGAAAUUGAGUCGCAGAACGAGCUGCUGGAUAAUCUAAGCAACAAAAUCGAGGAUGUCGAUUUGCAGGUCCACAAGCAGAACCAGGACUUGACCAAGCUGCUAAAGAAAUGAAAAGAGGAUUCCAUUAUAAACAAAUUAUAGUCAUAGCAUGCCGCAAGAUAAAAGAUACCAUUGCAUACACAUAUAUGCCUUACUAUGUUUUAUUAUUAGAAAUUAAGAGUUCUAUAAAAAUGAUGUAAAAUUAUUUUGGGUGGGGUUAUUUUUGGUAUUUACAUAUCUGUUAUCUGUUAUCUUCGGUUCUGAUGCAUUUUAAAACAAAUUAUGACUCAA